AUGUCUUCAACAAUCGGANNNCGGCCAGAUCCCGCGCCGGCGGCCAUGGAGAACCUGAUCUCGCUCGUCAACAAGCUGCAGCGCGCCUGCACGGCGCUCGGCGACCACGGCGAGGAGAGCGCCCUCCCCACCCUCUGGGACUCGCUGCCGUCCAUCGCCGUCGUCGGCGGCCAGAGUUCGGGCAAAUCUUCAGUGCUGGAGAGCGUUGUUGGGAAGGAUUUCCUGCCCAGGGGUUCAGGCAUUGUCACCCGUCGCCCGCUGGUUCUGCAACUCCAUAGGAUUGAUGGAGACAGGGAGUAUGCAGAGUUCAUGCAUGUCCCCAGGAAGAGAUUCACCGAUUUCGCCAUGGUGAGGAAGGAGAUAGCUGAUGAAACUGACAGACAAACCGGCCAUGGAAAGGGAAUAUCAUCUGUCCCCAUCCAUCUAAGCAUAUUUUCUCCAAACGUUGUGAAUUUGACUCUUAUUGAUCUUCCCGGGCUUACUAAAGUUGCUGUUGAGGGUCAGCCGGAGAGUAUUGUUCAGGAAAUUGAAAGCAUGGUUCGAGCAUUCAUUGAAAAGCCCAACUGCAUCAUUCUGGCUGUUUCUCCAGCCAAUCAGGAUCUUGCGACUUCUGAUGCUAUCAAGAUUUCACGGGAAGUUGACCCAAAAGGUGAACGGACCUUUGGUGUGCUCACGAAAAUUGAUUUAAUGGACAAGGGUACUGAUGCUGUUGAUAUACUGGAAGGAAGAGCUUACCGGCUCCAAUUUCCAUGGAUUGGUGUUGUCAAUCGAUCCCAGCAAGAUAUUAACAAGAGUGUGGACAUGAUUGCUGCUAGGCGUAGAGAGCGUGACUAUUUUGCAAACACACCAGAAUACAAGCAUCUCGCUCAUAGGAUGGGAUCAGAACAUUUAGCAAAGAGUCUAUCAAAGCAUUUGGAGUCUGUUAUUAAAUCAAGAAUCCCUGGUCUCCAGUCUCUUAUAACGAAGACAGUUGCAGAGCUGGAAACUGAACUUACUCGUCUUGGAAAGCCCAUUGCUAAUGAUGCUGGAGGAAAGCUGUACACGAUUAUGGAAAUAUGCCGCAUGUUUGAUGGCAUCUACAAAGAGCAUCUGGAUGGAGUGCGCCCUGGUGGUGAGAAAAUUUACCAUGUCUUUGACAAUCAAUUUCCUGUGGCAAUUAAACGGUUGCAGUUUGAUAAGCAACUGUCAAUGGAAAAUGUGAGGAAGCUCAUAACGGAAGCUGAUGGAUACCAGCCUCACUUGAUAGCUCCAGAGCAAGGAUAUCGGCGCCUCAUAGAAUCUUGUCUUGUUAGUAUCAGAGGUCCUGCCGAGGCAGCUGUUGACACGGUCCAUGGAAUCCUAAAGGAACUAGUCCACAAGGCUAUAAAUGAAACUCAUGAGCUCAAGCAGUUCCCCACUCUUCGUGUGGAAGUUGGCAAUGCAGCUUUUGAGUCGUUGGAAAGAAUGAGGGAUGAAAGCAAGAAGAACACAUUAAAGCUAGUUGAUAUGGAAACAAGCUACUUAACUGUAGAUUUCUUCAGGAAGCUUCCUCAGGAUGUUGAGAAGGGUGGAAAUCCAAGCCACUCUAUUUUCGAUAGAUAUAAUGAUUCUUAUCUAAGACGAAUUGGGACAACUGUUCUGGCAUAUGUUAACAUGGUAUCUUCAACAUUGAGAAACUCCAUCCCAAAAUCUAUUGUGUACUGCCAAGUCCGUGAGGCAAAGCGCUCAUUGCUCGACCACUUCUUUACUGAGCUGGGAGCAAGAGAGAUUAGGCAACUUUCGAAGCUCCUCGACGAGGACCCCGCGGUCAUGGAGCGGAGGACAAACCUCGCCAAGAGGCUGGAGCUAUACCGGAGCGCCCAAGCAGAGAUCGACGCAGUUGCAUGGUCAAAAUAA